AUGGGGGCUGACCUCUCGUUAUUAGCCCAUACUGCGCCAUCUAUAGCCAUAUCGUCUUAUGUUGAUGUUUUGGAAGAAGUUCAUUAUGUGUCUCAACUUAACUCCUCACGAUUUCUGAAAACUUGUAAAGCCUUAGAUCCUCAUGGCGAAGUGAUCAUCAAAGUUUUCAUAAAGCCAACAGAUGACUAUAACCUGGAACAAGUUGUAAGAUCCGUCCAAACUCAGACUUCGAAGCUAGCCGAUAUUCCUUGUGUUCUCAAUUAUGGCAAAAUCUUAGAGACUGACCGCGCUGGAUACUUGAUUAGACAACACCUUCGACGUAAUCUUUACGAUCGACUGAGUUCAAGACCAUUUUUGGAGCUGAUUGAACUGAAAUUUAUGGUUUUCCAAUUUCUUCAGGCGCUAAAGGCGAUCCAUUCCGUGGAUGUUGUCCACGGCGACCUUAAAACAGAGAAUCUGAUGCUAACGAGCUGGAACUGGUUAGUUUUGACAGAUUUCUCCUCAUUUCUGAAACCAACGUAUUUACCAGAGGAUAAUCCAGGCGAGUUCUCUUUCUAUUUUGAUACUUCACAGCGCAGAAGUUGUUACAUCGCUCCAGAGAGGUUUAACACGAAACUAUACAAGGAGGGAAAAAGGUCAAGGACCUUGCCCUCACAAAAAAUGGAUAUCUUUAGCGCUGGUUGCUGUAUUGCGGAACUUUUCAGCGAAGGAUAUUCCAUUUUCGAUUUAUCUCAGCUUUUCAAAUACAAGACGGGCGAGUACGAUCCGCGAGAGUUUCUGGACCGCCACCUGGAAAAUGAUCAAAUUCAAAAUCUCGUGCUUAGCAUGAUUGCUUUAAAUCCGAAAAACCGACCCUCGGCCGCAGAUUUAUUAGAAAGAUACCGGGGAAAUCUGUUUCCAGAGAGUUUUUAUAAGUUCUUUUAUGACUACGUCAAGGAUCUGACCAUUGUUGCCAGCGGCAUUCUUCCAAAAACGAGACAAUCAGAGAUGCAGGCCCUGAAUGGCAGAGCACAAGAUAUCGACAAGAUGGUAGAAAAAAUUUAUGGAGAUUUUGGUAAGAUAUGCGCAACCCUGCAUUAUCCUUUGGAGAUUGUUUCAAAGCCAAUACCACCGAGCCGGCUUUUUGGAAAUUUUCUCAACAUUCCAUCGACGGGAGUCAUUGCUUUACAGCCUUUCAAUCCUGAUGUCGAAUCUUCUGCAAGUGAAUCUGCCCUGCUUCAUAUUUCUCUUUUGUCACAUGCAAUGAGAAAUGUUGUAAAGCUCAGAACAAGGUUGAGAUGCCUCGAGCUAUUAGCCGCAUUCUCGCUAUUUGUUUCUGAUGCUAACAAGCUCGAUCGUGUUGUACCAUUUAUUAUCUCCAUGUUCAAUGAUAAUACACAAGCGAUACAGGGGCAGGCUAUUCAUGUCUUAACACAGGUUUUGGGGACAGUGACAAAACCAACAAGCUUGAAUGCAAAUGUUUUCACCGACUAUAUUUUACCAAGAUUCAAGAAGCUUCUGCAUGUUUCUAAGAAUAACACUUACGUCAGGAUGCUCUUCGCCGCGGAUUUGGGGGAGAUUUGUCGAGCAGCGUCGAAAUUUCAAAAAGCGGGCUAUCUUUCAAAAGAAAAUGACCAACUAAAUGGCUCAGCGGGGAUACAACACCGAAGAUUGAUAAAAGAUUUUGAGGAGAUAAUUGUUGCCUUAUUGACGGACAACGAGACAAAUGUUAGAAUGGCCCUGCUUUCUGAUUUACUGCCAAUUUGCCAUUUGUUUGGACGCGAAAAGACUAACGAUAUCAUUUUGAGCCAUAUGAUCACUUAUUUGAACGAUAAGAAUUCAUCACUGCGGCGAAUGCUCAUAGAAACAAUUACAUCUGUCGCAAUUUUGAUGGGUCCAAUAACGCUAGACCAAUACAUUUUGCCACUUCUAGUACAAACGAUAACUGAUUCAGAAGAGCUCGUUGUUACGAGUGUUCUUCAAAGUAUAACAGCUCUAUGCAAAGUUGGUCUCAUCCGAAAAAAGUACUUCUUAGACAUAGCUGAGAUUGUUUCCACAUUGCUGCUUCAUCCUAAUGCGUGGAUAAGACAGUUUUCACUUUUAUUCCUGAUUGAGAUUUCUCAAAAGCUGCAUAUAGCAGAGGUUUAUUGUCUGCUUUAUCCGAUAAUUAAACCAUUUUUUGAUACAGAAGUUGAACUUACUUGGGAGUGCAUGCUGUCGAGCUGCAAAAAGCCUAUCUCUCGAGCGGUUUACAAUUUACUGUGCACCUGGUCAUUGCGUGCUGGCAAUUCAUUCUUCUGGCGGCAAGAACCAACCAAAAAGAUGGACGCUUUUGGUAAUCCAAAUAUUAUCUUCAUUUCAAAAGAUUCGUCCUCAAAAAACUAUGGUCUUAAUAGAGGAAACGCAGAGCUCAGAGGAAUUAGGAAGCACGCCGAGAAUCAUGACUAUCUUCUCACCAAUGAGGACAAAAAUUGGAUUGAAAAACUGAAGACGGUGGGUCUUGUCGAAGGGGAAUUCUGGAAAAUAGCUGCUAUGAGACCAUACGUAUAUCGGGUCUCAAGAAUGAUAGCGAGGAGGCCCGAUGUAACUGCAUCACAAAAUGAGACUACGGAUUUCAACUUGAGCGAACUUGCAAUAGGACCUUCUGUAUCAAACAAACUCCCUCAAAAUGUAUUUUUUGAUGCAGUAUUUCCCCUUUCAUCAGAUUCAGCUAAAGAAUCGGCACAUCUUAUCUUAAAAAAGAAGCUUCAGAGUACUCCAAGUCCAGCUCCGAACUCAACGUCCGCGGCUCUUUCACGUCCAGUAGAGGCGCAUGGAUCUUUGAUUUUAGCAAGCAGAGCAACGUCUACCAUAACGUCAUGCUUGAACAACAUUUACGUCCAGUUAGAGCCGUCGAGUUUAUCUCGCGCAAAUGGCAAUAACACUUCACUAAUUGAUCCAAAAUACAAUGGCGAGGAGCGCUACAUUAUGAAAAGUAGCUACGAAGGGAGUAACAAAUAUGUCAAGACUUUUUUGAAUUCGAUACCAAUACUGCCUGCUUUGAAAGAAUAUCCUGAAUUCAGUUCAAGUUACUUAGGGGCUAGAAGGGAUUUCUCACAGCUAACAAUUGAUGGGGGUUUUAGCCUGAGUGGUAAGUUUUUGGCAAGUUGUCUUGUCGGUCAAAGGACUUCCGCGAUAAAGGGCCUGAUAAGCCUCGAGUCUUCCUUUGUUUCUGGAACGGAUCAGGGAAUGAUCGAACUUUGGGACCUUGAUCAGAUUUGCAGCGGGAAAUCCUUCUCCUCCGCUCAGUCACUUGAUCUUGGUUCUUCCAUAACAGACUUACAAUUACUAGAGGGAUUCAACAUAUUUGUCGUGUCCUUGAGAGAUGGAAGGGUUCUUGUUGUGAAAAUCAUAACCAAAAGAGCUCAAAAACUGGAUGACAAACCCGACUUUGAAGUGAUCAGGUCAUUUAAUUUACCAGAAAAGUCAACCUAUGCUAUCAAAUUGACUGUUAAUGCCGAUGAGAAAAACCAGUGGAUAACAUUAUUCACAAACACAUCGAACAUGCUGAUCCUGGAUUUAAGAACAAUGGGUGUCAUCAAGAAAUUCGAAAAUAACGCUGCUCAUGGUGCAGUGAUCACAGGUGCUUUGAGCGACGAUUUGGUUUGUUUAGCCGUGGGUACGUCUAAAGGGUUUAUUGAUGCCUGGGACGUUAGGUUCGGUGUAAUGGUGCACAGUUGGACAUUUGCCGAUAGUGCACCCGUUACGCAGUUGGAGUUUUGCCCACCAAUAUUCAAAAAAAGCGAAAGAAACUUGAUCGUAAUCGGAGGUUCAAGUCACACACUUUUCUCCAUUUGGGAUUACUCUAAAUUGGUUUGUCGCCACAUCUGUUCCAGCUCCAGUGUUCCGCCGGUUAUAGACGAUUUCGUGGCCACCAAAGAGCCCAGAAUAAAUCAAGAAAACGAGGAGCCUCAAGCAACUGGCAGUGGUGUCAGUACUCUAUUAGUCUUAGGACGCAAUAUCUUCAUUUCUCAAACCAACACGAGCGAGAUUCUAGCUUUCAAUCUGAAGGAGAAAGCUGUCAAACAUAUAGGUCAAGGAACAAGUGGGAGUGAUAUCGUUCUGGAAACAACACAACUCACGGCGAAUAUUAGUAUUUUUAAUCUUCGCGAUGCGGGAGCGGGGACUACAAGCUCAAAAAAAGUACAGAAUCGAUUUCAUGCCGACCUUGUUAACGGCUUGUCACUAAUAACCAAGGAUCAAGGUCAGUAUCUGAUAUCGGCUGACAAUUCUGGGAUGAUAAACAUCUUCUCUUAA